AUGCCCCAGCAUGCAUGUGAUAUUAUAUACACUGCUCUCAGCCCGAUCUCUGACAUCACCAAAGGAUUAGAGGUGAGUGCUUGGAGAAAGAGAUGGUAUUCGAGGAGGAUGCAUGGGCAAAGGGAAGAAAUCCCGCUUGACGGCCCGAUUUUCCUAUCAGUAACUUCCAGUGGAGUUUCCUUUACUGCUUACCAAGCUGUUCAUGAUGGUAUUAUCAAUGGAUCUCAAUGGAAUGCUCAUCGGCAGUAUUCUGUUGAUUCAGUUCAUGUUGACUUAUAUCACGUGAUACAUCCGUAUCUCGCUACUGAAACCUCACCUCCAAGCGAACAUUAA